AUGGAGGAGGAAAGUCAGGAGGAGGAGGGAGUCGGAAUGGAAUUCUGGAGGAAACUGGCAGAACAAGAAGCCCUUCGGAAAGCUGAACUGUACCAGCCUGGAGGAGGUGAUAAACUCAGACAGGGCAGUCAUUGCCAGGUCCUCCCACCUCUCUCCCUCAGCUCUCUCCUAUCUAACCCGAGCCCGACACGACCCCGCGCCCCGCUCGCCCCGAGCAGCUCCCCUCGCCCUCUCCACGAUGUUGUUGUCCCCGCCGCAGCUCGGAGGUGCUCCGGCCUCCCCUGCAGCGCCGCCCCUCCUCUUCCCGGCCUCCGUUCCCCGUCGCCUCGCCGUCACCUCGACCACCGCUCCUCCCUUCCUCGAGCCUCUCCACGCUGGCCGCCGCCACCUCCCUACACCUUCUGCCGCACCGCCCCUUCCGACACGAGCGCACUCGAGCCCCGGUGUCCGCCGCUCACGCCCACGCUGCCCUGCUAUCGUUGCUGCUCGUCUCCGCUCGCCGCCAAGACCUGCGUCCGCCCCGACCUCGUCGAUCUCCAAGGUUGCGCCAUCCCCAACCCUGCAUCCUUGUGCUGCACCCGCGCUCACGGCCAGGACCGCCUGCCACCGCCAAGUUCGCGCGCGAGCUCUGUUCCGUUGGCCAAGGCCAGCGCCACCCCAGCGUCCUCGCUCCGCCUCGUCCCCGCCUCGGGCCCUGCAGCGCCUGACCGCGUGUUCUCCGUCCCAGCAUGGUCCGUCCCUGUGACAUCGCCACUCGCCCUGCCUUGUUGA